UCAAGAGCAAUUUUGAGCUUUUUAUUCUUUAUAUGUCCUACAUCGUGAGAAAAGGCUCGAAAACCCCGUUUAAGACAUAAAAAACAUGAUUUUCUUUUAUGAAGAAGUAGUACUGCAAUAAAUUAAUAAAUAAAAAAGCCACAAAAAAACAUCAUUUCUAAGACUCAAGUUAAGUUUUAAUAUUUGUAGAACAAAUAAGAUUUUUAGUCCACUGAUUGUCAGAUUUCCUUUUCAAGUUUUUUGAAUGGCAGAGCCAAAAAAACGAACUAAAAGUAAAUUCUUCAAACAAUUAGAGUCGUGUUUUUACAAAGUUUUUAUUUUCCUGUGUAUGAAAAGAGGAAAAAGCUCAUUUGUCAGCUAACUGACUUAACUGGAGCACGUUUCUUUGAGUGGGCUUGUUUUUGCGUAAAACGCCGCCGCUGCGCAGCGCACAGACCUCCCUCACUCUCCCUCGCUCUCCUUUUUUUUAUUCCACGCUUCUAACCAUCAUCCACCCCCUCCUCCUCCUCCUUCUCCUCCACUUCUAUCUCAGCUCUGCGAAGAAGAAAAACGAGGAAGCCAAAGGAUUGACUUCUCCUCUCUUUUAUUUUUCUAUGCGCGCACGAGCCGCAGUCGAGCCGCGCGUGCAAACAAAGCAAGCCGACGGCUUUUUGAACAUGCCGAACCGUUUUUUAUCUGAUGACAGUAAGUGUGGCCGCGCGCCUGUGCUUGUGUGUGUGUGUGAGAGAGUGUAUGUGCGCGCGCGCUCCUUUGCUCGUCGGCCGGCCGUGAUAUAACCGUCUAGGAUCGUUUGGAUGCAGAGGAAGAGGAGGGGGGAGGAAGAAGAAGACGCUCUGACGCUCAGGGAAGCUUGGUCCGUCACACCGUGUCCUGCGCACUCCUGCGGCCGGUUGCCUGACCGGUGAUGCUCGGCCUCUCUGCCUGGAUGCGCCCCUCUCUCCGCGGUGUGCCGUCGCUGCCGCUGCCCCAAUCCCCUUCCAGCAGAUUCCCACUGUUGCCGGAGGAAGGUCUUGGGACCACAUAUGGAAACUGGGAAUCAGAAUUUUAGGAAAAAUAAGCAGGCUAUUUUAUUUUUUUUUUUUUUUACAACUUCAAGAUUUUUUCUUUCUUCUCUUUGAAUCCACCUUUCUUAGUAUUAUUUCAAAAAGGGAGUUGAUUCAUUUCCCGUCAUCUCUCAAGGAAUGGCUCGUUUAAUGACAGUUGUGGUCCUGGCUAAUAUCUGGCUUAAGUUCUAAUUUUGAUUUGGAGCUCAGCUGGAUUGUGCUGGUUUGAACCUGCCCUCUCAUCUCUUUCUUUCACAUUUUCUUAACAUAUUCCGGGCCCUGCCUGCUUGCCUGCCUCUGCUUGUUCUGUCCGUCUUCCCAUAUAUCUCAUCUCCGUCUUCCCAACUCCAUAAUUCACUAGAGAGACCAUCACUGAAUUGUGCUUUUUGCCUCUUUUGGGGGCUGUUUUAAAAGAAACCAGGCCGCCAACUGUGUUAGUCUUAACCACCCCCCCAGCACCUUUUCAGUAUGAAUUAAUUCACACUGCAUGCAUGCGGCUGCUCAUCCAUGUUCAGGUGCGUGCGGAUGAAAGUUGAGGGUGUGUGGGCAUGUCGGCUGCAUGUGACAAUCCCCGUCUGCGCAUUAUUCCACACAGAACCGCUGAAGCUGUGAGAGUUGCUGUAACUUUAGCCAGUCCGAAACAGCCACACAAAUUAUUAUCCACCUCUUUUUUCUGAGUUUUGACUUUUUGAGGCCUUCAAACUCAACUAAGUAGGCCCAGAUCCCAGACCAGGUCUCUUGUGGGAUCUGCUAGAAGCCUGUGUUUUUUAGGUCAAUGUUCUUUUUUUUUCUCCAAGCAGGGCAACUUACUGCCAAUUUGGGACAACAUUUUUGAAAGCGUUGCCGCUGAGGGUUCUGUUGUCCCAGCCAAAGUGUUCUUGACCCAUCUGCUGGGUCAAACCGCCAACAAGUCCACCUCACAACCCCUCUCCUGUAACUACUUUUUCAUCUGCUUGUUGCCCCCCCCAAAACCCCCCCAGCUCUCCCCCGCUAUCGUCGUCCACCCGACGCUGACCACCCCCAGUUUUCCGAGCUGGCGUGGCGACGAAAACUCACAAAUAUUUACUUUCUGUACGUCAAGAGGAAAGGGGGCCCCCCCUUCGUGGAAUGUGGCAACAUGGGGGUGUUUGACCGCGGAGUUCAGAUGCUGCUGACCACGGUGGGGGCCUUCGCUGCCUUCAGCCUCAUGACCAUCGCCGUGGGGACGGACUACUGGCUGUACUCACGUGGCGUCUGCAAGAUCAAGAGCACCAACGAAAACGAGACCAGCAAGAAGAACGAGGAGGUGAUGACGCACUCGGGCCUCUGGAGGACCUGCUGCCUGGAAGGAUCUUUUAAAGGCAUGUGUAAGCAGAUAGAUCACUUCCCAGAAGAUGCGGAUUAUGAGGCAGACGCUUCAGAAUACUUUCUACGAGCUGUGCGGGCCUCUAGUAUCUUCCCCAUACUGAGUGUGAUCCUGCUCUUCAUGGGGGGGCUUUGCAUCGCCGCCAGCGAGUUCUACAAGUCACGCCACAACAUCAUCCUCAGCGCUGGCAUUCUCUUUGUCUCUGCAGGUCUGAGCAACAUCAUAGGAAUUAUCGUGUACAUAUCAGCCAAUGCAGGAGACCCGUCGAAGAGCGACUCUAAGAAGAAUAGUUACUCAUACGGAUGGUCCUUCUAUUUCGGUGCCCUCUCUUUCAUCAUGGCUGAAAUGGUGGGCGUUCUAGCUGUGCACAUGUUCAUCGACCGCCACAGAGAGCUGCGAGUGGGCGUAAGAGCUGCCGACUACCUCCAAGGUGCAGCCAUCACGCGCAUCCCGAGCUACCGCUAUCGCUACCGACGCCGCUCGCGCUCUUCAUCCCGCUCUACGGAUCCCUCGCACUCCCGCGAGGCAUCGCCAGUCGGCUUGAAGGCCUUCGGGACGCUACCUUCCACUGAGCUGUCAAUGUACACCUUGCCCAAGGGCCAAACAGGCACCCCCACAGCUACCUAUAACUCCACAGAGAGGGACCACAACUUCCUACAGGUCCACAACUGCAUUCAGAAGGACCUGAAAGACUCAGGCGGCCACAGCAACACCGCCAACCGGCGCACUACACCUGUAUGAGACAGAGAUGGACCACAGACACUUGCAUAACUUAAAAGGACGACAUUGGAAAGUGCUAAAAGACUGAUUGUUGUGUGAGGGGGGGUUGUUCAUAUUUUAAGUGAAGAUUUGGGUUUCUGUUUAAAAAAAGAGCAAACAGGAAACAAAAUGCAUUAAAAAAAAGACGUGCAUGAUCUUCCCAUGAACCAUUGUUUAGCAAGUUAUUUGUAAAGUGUUGAGUGGUCAUGGAUGAAGGGGAGGGGGGCAUCAUCUGGGAUGCUUGGGUGUUUCUAGAAACUGAGGAGAGGUGGGCUGGGCCAGGAAACCUGCUCAAAAGUGAACUUCAUAUGUUUUACUUUUCUUUGCUUUAAGAAAAAGGUGGCCUGCCUCCCCUCCUCCUUUUGGCCCAGCCUAUAAACCCCCCUGAACCAACAAGCUCCUGACACACAUGCCCUCAACACUCUUGAGCCUGAUUUCCAUUGGUCCGUCUGCGGUGCAUCUUAGUUGCGUUGACACAAAAAAAUAUAACCUUCAUUGAUCAAUCGAAAUGUUCACGUCUGACGUACGUCAUCUAUUUCCAUUCCGUCAACGCAUUAAUUUGUGGCAAAAAACCUGGAGAAACAGGAAUGAGAUACAAAUUUCAAAAUAAAACUCUCCGUUGUACUUUCAAAAUAUAACUUUAAAAAAUGUUUGGGUGUAUUAAAACAACCCAGAGUUUGUUUCCCCGGAUAAUCUGGAAAAAAUGUUCAGUUUCCUCGCUCUGAAUAGGCUCCAUGCUCAAAGUGGAACAGUUGGACCAAAUAGGCCACCGUAGCCGGGCAUUACGGGAUGUGAACAACCAGUGGAGCAGCAAUGAGACUACCAAAGUAACAAGUAAAAAGUUUUGACACAAACAUUAGCAAAAUAUAAAGUGUGAACUAUCCCGACAAGGAUUGCAAUAUGUAGGUCUUCCAUUAUUCUUUAUCUUGUAGCUUUGCCCCACCCUCGUAAUUCCUGCCCAAUGACUGAAGAGAUCUUUAGUCACAUGGUUUUGUUUAAAAGCUUUGGUUUGGAACAGAAAAGUCCGGUAGACAGUGGCCUGAAUACAGACCAAGCGCAGGGUUUGUGACUCUUUCUGGACCAAAUUAAACAGACGUAGUCCAGACCAACAGACUUAUCAAGCCUCUUAUUUUAUAUUUAAAGGGACGUGCUCACGCGAUAUCACACUGAUAACACCAUCGUCCAUUCUCACUAUGGACGACAAAAGUUUAAUUUUGAAAGUAGAAAAUCAUCAUCAGCAUUUUUACAAGGACUCAGUGAGGGUGGAGCUGACAUGGGGCCAAAAUAUUUAUUUUCUUCAAUGUCUUCUAUCGUAACUACUCCCCUUGAAGCCAGGGAGUUGGUGGUACGGACCAGAGAUGCAACAGGGACACAGGGACAGUGUCUGACAUCAGGCCCACGGGCCGGAUCAGGCCCACCAGAUGGUUUAAUCUGGCCCAGUCAUGAAGAGAAAAAAAUAUGAAGCUGUUGAAACAACUAAAGCAAAUUUCUAACCCAUUCCUGUGGUAAGUUAUGGUUUGUUAAAGAAAUAACCGCAAUGCACAAUUCCGCCACUAGGGGAAGCAAAGGAAAACCAGCAUAACAAGAGAUCAAGAAAUAAUUAUAAGAAACAAUGGAAUAAUAAGUGAUUAGGCCACUAGAUCGGUUGAGGCAUUUUUUCCAACAGAGGAAAAAAAAAAAAAAAAACAAUAACAUAGCUACAGAUAACAGGUUAACAGGUUAUUUUGCAAUUAUGUUACUUGUCCGGUCCACUUGAGAUCAGACGGGUCGUGAACCAAAAUGAGUUUAACACCCCUGUUGUAAACUGACUGACGCUCGUGAGACAGACUCCCUGUCUAACACACCGCAGAUGGACCAGUGGAAAUCCAGCAUUACACCCCCACUCCUUCGUUUAGUUGCUGUAUCUUCUUGAUUUCAUUCUUAAAAUCACAUAAUACUGUGAAAAGCUGCAGUGUGGUAUUCAAGCAAAGAGCUACUAAGGCUGCAAAAAAAAAAGAAAUCAUAAAGUUAAUAUAUGUAGUAAUUCUAUAUAAAUACAUGAAUAUAUAUGUUAAUAUAUCAUAAAGAAAUACUUCCCCUGCACCAAAACUAUCAUCAAGAAUUACAGUUUAGUGAGUCAGCAGUUUCUUACUGGUAAAACUAAAUCAAGUUGUCAUGGAAACCACAUCACCAUGAAGGAGUCUGUAAUGGAAAAGGCUACCUGAAAAACUGAAAUUAGUAAACAUUUAACGUGUUUUCUGCAACAGCAAAAUAUUUUUUUAGGUAAAGCUGACCUUUUUUUUUUCCUUUGUUUUUUUGUUGUUGCUUUUUUCCUUUUUUUUUUCUUUUUUUGUUCCAAUAAAAGGGACAAACAGCAGUGAAAACUUUGGGAAGAUCUCUUUGCAAACUUGAAGAAAGACUGUGGACAAUGAGCCGUCACUACUGCCAAAGACACAAAGUAGUGCGUGUGAGUGCAGAGCUGCCACAACGCUUGAGCAAAGUGACGACAAAUAAUGAAUUUACAUGCAUGCUUGUCAAAAAAUCAUCUGAUCUACUUUUAAUGAACCUCUGUUUUAAACAAAUGAUACAAUAUAAGGGCAGUGGGAACAUAUAAAUUAAUGUUACAGUACUGUGUCUCUUUGGUUUCUUUUUCUUUUGAACAGAGAUUUUGGGAUGGGGCGGAAUAAUUACAUCUUAAAAACAAAAGUAUUGUGAACAGUUUUUGAAUAACUUAUUUUGGUGUUUCAUUUCAUGCUAUUUUCACAGCUUAUCUGAUCUUUAAGUCAGCCUGUUUCUUUAGUUGUCUUUUUUUCGUUUUGGUUUUAUUGUAAAUCAGAUAAAAAAAAAAGUAUAACUUCUUAUAAGUUGCCAAAAACGGAAUGACUCUGAACUUGGAUGCAUCAAGUCCUGAUGACAAAUAAAAAUUGACCCUUCCCUGUAGGGAAAUGAA